AUGAAAAUCCACAAAUCAGAGGUAACCUGGUCAACCCAGGUGCAUAAAAAUGUCUUGAAGUCAGAGAUGCAGUUCUCCAAGCCACUAGAAGAAGAGAGCUCCAUCAGAUCAAAGGUUCAUCAUCCAGCACCCUGCUUUGCACAAUGGCAGACCCAAUGCCCAUGAACACACAAUAGCUCUCCCUCCAUUUCUCCCAGCAACUGCAGUUCAGUGCUUUAGUUUCCUGGAGUUUCCAUGUAGCCUGCAGUACCAACACACACUCUCUGACAGUAAUAAGGACAUAAGAAGAGCCUGCUGGAUCAGGCCAAUAGCCCAUCUAGUCCAGCCAAAGCAGAUGCAUGGAUGAUAAGCCACACACUCUCAACUUUGAUUGCCCCUUUAUCCUGUUCUAAAGAGGAGGAGGCAAGUGGGACAAGGGUUAGGGCACAGAGCAGAACCAUGGACAGCUCCACAUGGAGCUGAGGGAAAUUUGAGAUGGAUACAGCAGCAAGCGGGACGCGGGUGGCGCUGUGGGUAAAACCUCAGUGCCUAGGACUUGCUGAUCGCAAGGUCGGCGGUUCGAAUCCCCGCAGCGGGGUGAGCUCCCGUCGUUCGGUUCCAGCUCCUGCCCACCUAGCAGUUCGAAAGCACCCCUAAGUGUGCAAGUAGAUAAAUAGGUACCACUUUAUAGUGGGAAGGUAAAUGGCGUUUCCGUGUGCAGCGCUGGUGCUGGCUCGCCAGAUGCCACUUCGUCACGCUGGUCACGUGACCCGGAAGUGUCUCCAGACAGCGCUGGCUCCCGGCCUCUUGAGCGAGAUGAGCGCGCAACCCUAGAGUCGGACACGACUGGCCCGUACGGGCAGGGGUACCUUUACCUUUACAGCAGCAAGCAAGCUAGGAUGCUGCUCCAGGAAAGGUCUGGAGACAAUCAGAACUUCAAAUGAGCUGUAGAGGUAGGUCAAGGUUUCCUGCUUCACACCCUCUGGGAAAGUUAUCAGUGCUUGAUUCUUCAGGCAGUGACGGGGAUGGGGGCUCCUGUUCUACUGAGAGUUUGUAGGCAGUCUUCAGAUGAGGAUGGGGCAACUUUCUUGGGCUGGGGAGGUAGCAGCAGUGCUGGUUAAUGGGGCUUUCUUCUCACAGAGCCUUCUGGCUGAGCACUGUCUUCUGGGCUUUGUUCUGUUGCAAGCCAUUCCCUUGCCCAAUCUUCUCCCUCCUUAGUGUCCCCAGGUCUUGGCCAUGGGAGACCCAUGUGCAAAACAGAAUUGAUCUCAUAGAGCUGUUAUGAAAUUCAACUGUAGAAUAGCUUGCUUGCUUGCUUGCUUGCUUGCUUGCUUGCUUGCUUGCUUCUAAAGGGCUCUGGAAAUUACCAUUAAUCUUAAGAAACAGGUGGAAUACUCCCAAGAACUACCUUCCAUCCUCUGCACAUUCUCAAUAUACCAAAGAGGUAUUUCAUCAUUGUGUGACCCCAGCCCAACCUGGGAGAGGAUCCUGCAGUGCAUAUUCCAUGAGCCUGGAUAAUAUCCCCUCUUCAGUCUGAUAAACCACAGCCCUGGUCUGUCGAUGGAUGGUCUGAAAAUCGCAGCAUGGAACAGGUGUCGGCUGCAGCUGUUUGCCCUGUGAUAACCCCUUUGGCUACAGAGCUAAAAAUACAGGAACUUCCUGAAGAAAUAGCACCAGCAGCGAAACUCGCAGAGAAAGACCCUGACCCUAGCAGUAGUAAAGACUUUGCAUUUGCUUUGUUCAUUCAGUCUCAGCUGCUUUUCAGUGCCCUUCCUGCCACAUUUAGCAUUGCAGUUUCUGGCCAUUUCUGAUACCUUCCUUGGGGCAUCCCAUAACUUUGCUUUUCUUUCUUCCAUGCAGGAUUACAGAGUGAAUAUUUUCUUGCGGCAGCAGUGGAAUGACCCCCGGCUGGCAUACAACGAGUAUCCAGAUGAUUCCUUGGACUUGGACCCAUCCAUGUUGGACUCCAUCUGGAAACCCGAUUUGUUCUUUGCUAAUGAAAAAGGGGCUCAUUUCCAUGAGAUCACCACAGAUAACAAACUUCUGCGCAUCGCCAGAAAUGGGAAUGUCCUGUACAGUAUCAGGUGAGAAAAGGAAGCAUGGAGACCCUUUGCAAGUCUCCAGGGUGUGGGUCCUUCAUAUGUUGAAUCUUGAACUAGACUGCAACAUGAAUUCUGGAGUAAUGUUCCAUUUAAAAUUAUAUUGCAAAAGCAUGAAAUCAUGUGAAGAUAUUUCAGGGCUGAAUUAAGACCUUUAGAAGCCCUAAGCACUUAAAAGUUUUUGGUGCCCCCAUAGAUAUCUAAUUUGAAAUAUAAACAAUAACAAACCGUAAAAUAUUGUCUUCUACAGUUAUUGUGUAAAGUUCAGCAUGACUGAAUCUUGUUUUUACAUUUUUUGUUGCCCUGAACGUAUGACACGCAUAUUGUGGGAGCCUUUUUUGCGGAACCUGGUUCAGCUGCACCUUAUGUUCCAUGGUAAAUUUGGCAAUGGAAAAUUACAGUGGUACCUCGUGUUACAGACAGGAUCUGUUCCAGAGGCCCAUCCAUAACGUGAAAAGCCCGCAACUCAAAGUGCUGUGUCUGUGCAGGCGCACAGCGCAAUUUAGCACUUCUGCGCAUGCACAAGCGGCGAAACCCAGAAGUAACCCAUUCCGGUACUUCCGGGUUGCCGUGGGAUGCAAAACGAAAACAUGCAACCUGAAGCAGACAUAACAUGAGGUAUGACUGUAUAGCGCUUAUUUUGCUUAAUGGCCAAUUCAGCCCUGAGAUAAUUGUUUGUUCUUACACUACAUGAGUUAACAAGAUCUAAGAUGGCUAGGGUUACUGACAACAAGGCGUGGUCCAGCAGGCACCAAGGUUUGUUCCUAUAUCAGAAGGGCAAACAAUAGGGCCAGUGUGCCAGGGGCUGCACUAAACUUUUCCACUAUCUUAGAUUUCUUUAACAUAUGACACAUUAGUCAGACUGGGCAUGGUGCCUCUUAGAUUCUAUAGAAAAAAACACAUGCAGCAAUAUCCCAUGCAUAUCUAUUCCAACAAAAAUCCCACCAAAGUAGGUUUGUGUAGAAGGGAUGGGGCGCCAUUUUCAAGCCAGGAGCUGUGCUUCCUAGUAGAAAGAGCUCAGGGGUUGCAUUCAAGAGGUGCGUGGAGUGAGAGCCAAAAGAAGGCACACAAUUACAUACACAUAUACACCCGCACAAAACUAUUUGCCAUGUAAACAGAUACACGGAAGCUUUCCUUUUCGUUUUCUCUGUAGCCUUUCCCCCUCUCCCCCAAGGUUUGUGAAUGUUGGUGGGCAGGAGAUGCUCUCUAGCACCCUUUAUAUCUCCUGACUGUGCAAAAUGCAAAAAGCAACUCAGUAAUCUCAAGUAGAAUCCACCAAAUAAGCUCAACACACGGGGAAACUGCAAGGCCUGCCAUACAACUGUUUCAAACCUCAACUUUCAAAAUGCAUGUGCAUCCCAAAAACUACAUGCAUGCAAUUGCAAAAUUCAUAUAUGACUUUUUGAGUAUUUGUAAGGAACACAUCUGCCUCUCUGCCGAGACACUUUCCCCUCUGCCUUGAUUGUCUUGCAGACAAAGGAACUGCAGUUGCACACUUUGCCCUUUGACCUCUCAGCUGCUCGCUGCCAGACAGCUGAUGGUCAGGAGGAGACCCAGAAGGCCAAUCACAGCCUGGAGCAGGUUUCCCACCCUUGGUGUGUAAACUUCACCCAUAUUCAGGAUCACUUUACCGUGAUUCAUUGUGCCUGAUUCACUGUUACAAAAUCCUGAGUACAGUGGUAUCUCGGGUUACAAACACUUUAGCUUACAAACACUUUGGGUUACAAACUCCACUAAUCUGGAAGUAGUACUUCGGGUUGAGAACUUUGCCCCAGGAUGAGAACAGAAAUUGCGCAGUGGCAGGCCCCAUUAGCAAAAGCGCACCUCAGGUUAAGAACUGUUUCAGGUUAAGAAUGGACCUCUGGAACAAAGUAAGUUCGUAACCCGAGGUACUACUGUACGUAGUCUUGCUUUGUAAAAUGGCAAUACCUCAGUGGACCACAGAGAUUCUAGAAAAAAAUUCUAGAGAACAUGCGACAGACAUUAGUGCUGCCCUUUGCAGCAGCACUUUUUUGAAAAUUUGGUACAAUUUGAGAAUAUAUAAGGGGAUUCUCCACACACUGGUAUAUUACAGUUUGAAAGAUGUUCCAGCUCAGUCUCCUUUGCUUGGAGGAGAAUGAAAAUUAUUUCGAGAGAGGGCAAAUCACACAGUAGAACCAGAUAGAUCUGGCUUUCCCCCCCACCAUUUCUCAACACAGUUAUUUCUGGGUCAUUGGAUUUCAGAUUAAUGCUAUGUGAACUGAGAUAACCGCACUGAUUUCAAUUUGGAAAUAAUCCAUUCUAGCCACCUCCGAACCUCCCUUCCCGCCGCCUCCCCGCUCUCCUAAAAAGAAUGCAAUUAAGAAUAUGCAAUUUUCCUGUUAAGUGCAGCCUAAUGCUAGAGAGGGAAAGCGCUGACAAUAGAUUCUAAAGACUACCUUUCUGUGAACUCGUGCAAUGUUUGCAAACUCUGGCUCGCUGAAGCCUUGCAGUGCAAUCCCAAAAUGCACAGGGGCACAUCCCACGGGGACACCUGGCUCAUGUCGCAGGUGUCGUGCUGGUGUGCCGAGGAACAGAAUAAACAGCCAGUGUAGUAAUGCAGACAAAAAAGGAAGGGGGGAGGAAACCCAGGAGGUGGCUUCAGUUCAAGCAGCAGACAGCAAAGCCGUAGUCCAAGCACGUAGCCCAGCUCUUUGGGAACCUAAAGCUUUAAUUCACACAGCUGUUUGAAAUGCUUUCCAGCUAACAAUAGGUAGGUAAUAAAACAACUGCCACCAAAGGUGACCUACCAUUUAUAGUUCUGUUCGGAGAGGUGAGAGACAUGUGUUCUCAUACCUCUCGUGUCUGAAAGGUGUACGGAGGAGCAAUACUCAUGGAGGCUGGUGUUGGGAAAGGUGGAGUGAUCUACAGUAUGACCCUAGUCAUGCCUACUCAGAAGAAAGUCCUAUGGAGUCAAGUUGUUGUGUGUGCUAAGUUGAGUAUGUUUGGGGGGGAAUGAGGUCUGCUCGUUCAAUGGGACUUCCCCCCCCCUUUCUUUCUUGGGCCCCUGUGCUCCCUAAACAGGAUGGGGGAUACUGGGAGAGGCUUGCCUGGCACCUUUGUUCAACACCUUUAGGUGCCAGGCAAAAACAUUCCUUUUCUCCCAGGCCUUUGGCUAAUUAAAUAAUCUAUGACCUUUUAAACCAUGUGUGUGUGUUAUUGUUUUUGUUCGUUACUAUGUUAUGGAAUUUUGUGUUUUUAUAUUGUAAACUGCCCUGUGAUCCUCGAAUGAAUGGUGGAAAAACAAACAAACAAAAAAUAUAUUUUUUAAACAGGGGCCAUUGCAGGGUCUGAAAGGACCCCAAUGAGAGGGGGGGCAGCAUCUUCCGUAGGACUGUGUUCAUCAUCAUACAAUGAACAGAUCAGGGAUCAGCUGGGUUGGACCUCUCCAAGGUCAACCCUAUCACUAUUUGCCUCAUGCCAUGUGACAGAUUUUGAGAGACAGCAACAGCAGUCUUUCCAUCUGCCAUUCCUCCUGAGCCCCUUGGUCAUUCCACCCGUAGAUCAGAGCUAUGGGUGGUAUCCAACCCACUCAUUCCAUCAGCACAAGGGUUCCUGCCGGUUGCAGUAGGGCUUCCCACCCUCCCCGCUAUGCACCCCCUUCAGUCUUUAUAGGUUUCCUCAAAACCCUUCAGAGCACAGGGCAUCUGCAAAAUGAAGGCAAGGGGCAAACAUUCUGUUGUGUGAUUUAAAAAAUCCUUGUGCAGACAGAAUGAGUUAGUUGUCAGCUGCCCUAUAUGUCCCAUAGGCCUGUUCUGGCAUCCCUUAAAAACUCGCCUGCAACCCUUGGGUGCACAGAAGGAUGCUAUUGCAUUGCCAAUAUUGUUGUACGAUUCAGCUGCCAGUCAGCUUCUGCAGAGCAAAUGGGGUUGCGGGAGGGCGCACCAUAUCGUCCUUCGCCUCAAGUAGCAAAAUGUUGUGGACCUGACCUGGGUCUCUCUCUGAUGCAAUUACCUGCAAGUGCUCCUGUUAUUGCAGCUGUUGUUGGGGGAAAUGGGUCCAAUCUGAUUCUGACACUGGUAGCUUUCACUGUUUCUCUUGCUACAGAACAUGUAGGAACAUUUUCUCCUCACCUGAUAGCUGUGUGCUUAGCACACGUGAUCAUCAGACUUGGCACACGUGAUCAUCAGACUUGGUGAUGGAGCAUUUCAAACUGCUGGUUGAGGGAAUUUAAUGUUUUAAUGCUACCCCUGCCCCUGCCCCUGCCACCCAAAAAAAUGUAAUUGAAUUUUCAUAGCCAGUGAAGAUUGCCUCAUAGGUUCCUCUGGAUGUUCUGCCUUUUUAUAUGUGGAGAUAUCUAUGUUGGGGAGCAUAAAUAUUAAGCAGCAUAAAUGGAGUUAAUGUUUGGAGCAUGGCCCUGUUUCCAGAAGUCAGGGGGUUGUGCUCUCUGUAUCUCCCUCCCCUGCCCAUAGGCCUGAGGGUGACCCCUGCUCACCUCAGUUGUCACCCCAAUGACUUUAGUGCAACUUGCUUGUCACAUCAGCUUGAAGCAUCUCGAAUCACGGUCUCUGUUCCUUUCACAGGAUCACCUUGACACUGGCUUGUCCCAUGGAUCUGAAGAACUUCCCCAUGGACGUCCAGACAUGUAUUAUGCAGUUGGAGAGCUGUGAGUCUUGAAGGUUUCCCCUCUAAAAAUAGCUGCCAUUCUGCACACAGACUUCCACUGCAUCAUCUGUUCAGCUCUUAGCCGAAUCCUCCAAUUAUGAAAGAGAAACCGGAGGGAAGAAGGAAGAGAUGAAGCAUUGGGACAGACUGUGUUGUCAUGUGCAAGUUUUCAUGCUUCUCUGAUCACACUCCCUGCCAGUGUUCAAGCCGUCCAGCUUAAAUUUAGCUUGCUUCAACAGAUUCUCAGUGGAGAAUACUCUGGGGUAGAGGGCAACAACAAAAAUCCUUUGUCUGGAGAAGACUGUGUGAUACAAUACUCGCUCAAUAUUUAUCAGCCCUUGUCCUCUGUCCUUCAUUCUUGUUGAGUCCAUUUAAAGGCACUAUCUUCACCAGCCAGGUGUCCUCCAGAUGGUAUUGGACAGCAAACUCCUUUGAGGCUGAUGGGAGCUGUAGUCCAGCUAUAUCUGAGUGGCACCAGGUUGAUGAAGGCUUUUGUGCUGAAUGCUCUGCUGUCAACAAAAAUGGCUGCCAUCUGCCUCGUUCCCUGGUGUCUGCCUGAUGCCUAGUAGAACUCUUGGUGCUGUGGUGUUUCACAUUUCUUCACCCCUGCUCGACAUCACUAGCUGCCAGUGGCGGAGCCCAGAUAAUGCAGAAUGUCAUGAUGACACAUCACAAGGCAUGUAGGUGUCAGAUAAGGGGAGGAGAAAACUAAAUGAGCAGCAGCCCCUCUAGGUAGCAGUUCUGCAUUUACCCUAGCAUCUAGUUUUGACCCUCCUGUAAAUUGUGAACUGUCUGGCUGGGAGCAGCAUCCGUUAUAUGUGUGUAUCUUGCUGUUAAGAGACAAAAUGUUUGUACUACAGUCGUACCUCGGUUCUCGAAUGGCUUAGUUGCCAAACACAUCAGCUCCCAAAUGCCGCAAAUCCAGAAGUAUGUUUGUGAAUGUUUUUCGGAAGCCAAAUGUCCAACACGGCUUCCGAUUGAGUGCAGGAAGCUCCUGCAGCCAUUUGGAAGCCAUGCCCUGGUUUUCGAACGGUUUCGGGAGUCAAACGGACUCCCAGAACAGAUUAAGUUUGAGAACCAAUGCACCACUGUACUAGAUGUGAAUGUCAGCCAUGUCAGUUGGUCAUCUGAAUUUUACCUUAAGCCCCCGUUGCCAUUUCCCCCUGUGUACACUUCUUUUUAUAUGUCUUUAAAUUAAUCCACGCUUGCAAAUGUGUGCACCCAACAUCCCUUCCACAGUGAACCUAUUCAGAGUUCAGAAACACAUCUAACUCAAAGCAGCUUUGGGGCUAUUAUUUCUUGGCCCCUCCAAGCAUUUGAAUCCAGUGCAAAUCACAGUUCAUGCUAAAGUGUUUUGUUUUUCCCUCUGCUGUUUAUAGUUGGCUACACAAUGAACGAUCUGAUAUUUGAGUGGCAAGAGAAAGGAGCUGUGCAGGUUGCUGAUGAUUUAACCCUGCCUCAGUUCAUCCUAAAGGAAGAAAAGGACUUGCGCUACUGCACGAAGCAUUACAAUACAGGUCAGUGGUGGACUUGCACUUCUUGCAUUACCAUGCUAAGCAUUAUAAUGCAAGUCAGUGAUGGCCGAUAUAUGCUAAAUGUUCCUCCCUAGAAAUAGUCAACUGAUGAGAUUCUGGCUCCACACAUUUUGUUCAGCACUUCUCUUUAGUGAUAAACACCAACCACGCCACUUGUUCAACGAGCCAUCUAAUCGAUAGUGUGUUAGCAAAGUUGCUACAUCAGACCAAAAUGUUAUUUACAGCAGCUUCUUGUGUUUGGAACACUCUAAAAGCAGAACUAGAUAUUACAAGAGACGUGGAACUCCCUCCCUCCUUACUAGUAAUGUGACAAGAUUCCAUCACUAGGCAUCAUUUUCUGUUGUAUCACAUGUUCAUUGCAUGCUGCUCUGGUUCCAUUCCACUGCAGCUCAUCUUCUGCGAAAAGCCCUGUUUUUGGCACACUGUCUGCUGUGGCAAAAUGAUAUAAUUGACAUAAUUUAUUAAGUCAAUUGCUUAAGUCACAUUGUCAUUCUGUUACUCCAUGCCAUUCAUUUCAGUGCAAAGAAAAUGCAAUGCAAAUGGCAGGGGUGGGGAACCCUAGUCAAUUGCAUGUUGGUUGCAACUUGAAAGCAUGAACAACAUUGCAUUUGCUGGAUUGAUUUCCAGUCUGAAUAUGGGAUGAGUAAGUGAACAUUGAUGAUUUCCAACCUUGUUUCUGUUUCACUAGAAUUCUCCAACACCCCUAGUCAUCACAUUGCUAGUUUCCACACCCUCACUGCAACCUACGAUGUUAGGCAAGGGUGAGGUAAUACACAGUGGAGUGGUGUCAUACCAAUGCCUUUAUUAUACAGAAUGGUACUGGGAAUCCAGGAAAAAUUGCUACAGCAACUCUCUGGUUCUUGUUACAUAUAGAUAAUCACAGUUCUGGAGCUUGAGUCCCAUAUAACUGGGAACAGAGCAUGCAGUAAGUUCAGAUAAAAAGGAGACUUAGGCUGCAAGCCUAACCCUGUCUACUCAGAAGUAAGUCCUAUUAAAAUCAGGGGGACUCACUACCAGGUAAGGAUUGCAGCUUUAGCUAGUGUGUUUGUGUAGCAAAACAACAAAUGAAAACACUGGAUACAUUAGUAAAUGCUCAACAUUUUAUUUAAAAUUUUGAGAGCUGUUCUGUGGUUUACGGCAAUUUAUUUUUUUAAAAAUCAACUUGCUUUGCAGUUAAAGUAGAAAUGGUAGAAACACUGCAAAAAUUAGAGGAUCUCAGUUGUGAUAAGAAAAAUGUCAGCAAAAAAACCCUUAAUUUUUCAGGAAGAAAAUAUAUUGCCUGUGAAAUUAAUUUUUUUUUACUAAUUCUAGAAUGUCUUGGGUGAUAUCCAACUAAAUAAUAUUCAGAGUAGACCCAUCAAAAUGUAUGGACUUGUCAACUGAUUUCAAUGGGUUUAGACAGUGGCAGGACCUUUACAUGCAAAUAUGAUCCACAACUGGUUGUUUUCCCAAAUGCAUGCCUUUGCAGCUGGAGCUCCGGAAAGGAUUUAUUUAUUUUAUUCAAAACAACAUAUCUCACCUUUUCUGAAAGAAUACAGCACCCAAGGCAUAUACCAAAAAAUACAGCAAACAUUCGCAUUAUUCUUACUAUAAUCUUCCGAGCAAGUUGUACUAAGUGAGUCAUGUUCCUCAAUUUCUAUGAGUUUACUCUAAGCAGAACUAUCAUUAGAUGCAACCCCUUAAGUUUUCUGUACUAUUUUAAAAGUAGGAUCUGCCAACACUUGACAGUUCAUAGAAUCUGCAAGUAAAUCUCUGAAAGGUUUUGUAAACAAGCGCUCUCUGUAUACAUGGGAUGCCUCUAAUUUGGGAGAUGGAGCAUGCAGUUUCAAUAAUUCCUUCAAUUCAGACAUAUGCAGGCUGAAGAGCACACAUCUAUCCCCACAGGUGGGUUGCAGUUUAGUAUUCCUGAUAGGAAGCUGCUAAAUACUUGUUGCUCUGUUGUUUGAAAGGACAAAGAAACCAGGAAGCAAGUGAGGGCUUAUGCCUACUUUGCUCUGGGAACCAACUGCCCAACACAAUUUCCCAACAUAUACACUAACUAGGAUGUUGCAAUCUGCAAAACUUGCCCUGUUAGGGAAAGUGUCACCUGUGAAGCAGCCCUGAAAUUGUGCCCAGGGCUGAAUCUACACAGAGAUAGAUAGAUAGAUGAUAGAUAGAUGAUAGAUAGAUAGAUAGAUAGAUAGAUAGAUAGAUAGAUGAUAGAUAGAUGAUAGAUAGAUAGAUAGAUAGAUAGAUAGAUAGAUAGAUAGAUAGAUGAUAGAUAGAUAGAUAGAUAGAUAGAUAGAUGAUAGAUGAUAGAUGAUAGAUAGAUAGAUAGAUAGAUAGAUAGAUAGAUAGAUGAUAGAUAGAUAGAUAGAUAGAUAGAUGAUAGAUGAUAGAUAGAUAGAUAGAUAGAUAGAUAGAUAGAUAGAUGAUAGAUAGAUAGAUAGAUAGAUAGAUGAUAGAUAGAUGGUAUAGAUAGAUGGUAUAGAUAGAUAUACACACCGUAUAUAUAUAAAAAACCGCUGUGAAAAUGUUUUUUUUAAAAAAAAGUUGUAAAAUAUAUAUGGAAUUUGCCAUUAGCUCAUCAGCACCAUCUAGUGUCGCAUUUGUAUAUAGAGCACUUAAAACAUUAUAGUUGCAGCUGUAUAGCUGAAUCCUAGGGUAGGAAAUGGUUAUUUGAGCAGGUGACCUCUUGCCUAAAAAUGCUUCCUAUCAAGACUCUCACAUGCCCCUGCUGAUCCCUAUUAGGCUAACCUUUUCCUGGUUCAUUCCUAGGCAAGUUCACCUGCAUAGAAGCUCGUUUCCACCUGGAGCGGCAGAUGGGCUACUACCUGAUCCAGAUGUACAUCCCCAGUCUGCUGAUUGUAAUUCUCUCCUGGAUCUCCUUCUGGAUCAACAUGGAUGCUGCGCCUGCCCGAGUUGGUCUGGGCAUCACUACUGUGCUCACUAUGACCACGCAGAGCUCUGGUUCCCGAGCAUCUUUGCCCAAGGUAAAAUGUCCUCUUUGAAGCAGGUAAUUCAGAAAUCCCUAUGGGAGCAGGCAGAGCUCAGUUAGAGCAUCUCUAGUUAUAAAGGAUUGGGUUGCAGGUGCAAAUAUUCCAAUCUGGUAAAUGUCUAAACCACAGACCCUAGGGCUUGCCAAUCAGAAGGUCGGCAGUUUGAAUCCCCGUGAGGGUUGAGUGCCCGUUGCUCGGUCCCAGCGCCUGCCAACCUAGCAGUUUGAAAGCACGUCAAAGUGCAAGUAGAUAAAUAGGUACCACUCCAACGGGGAAGGUAAACGGCGUUUCCGUAUGCUGCUCUGGUUCGCCAGAAGCGGCUUAGUCAUGCUGACCACAUGACCUGGAAGCUGUCUGAGGACAAACGCCUGCUCCCUCGGCCAGUAAGGCGAGAUGAGCGCCGCAACCCCAGAGUCAUCCGUGACUGGACUUAACAGUCAGGGGUCCCUUUACCUUUACCUUUAUGUCCCUAAGUAGCUUUUUGCAGCUAACACCUUUCAAAACACCAGCUUGGCAUAUUCCUCAGCUGUUUCCCAUAUUCCCCACCCCAAACCCUUAGCAUAUAUAAUCCGUGGAUCCCUUUCACUUUCUUUAGUAAGCUUCCAAAUGGGUAAUUACUUCACCGGAAGAUAAAGCGUUUAACACCAGUUAAAUUAAACCGAAUCAGUAGUGAAAUAAUGGCUCUGCACUGGCAUUGUAUCUCUCCAGGAUUAUUUCCAUAUGCAGUGAAACAAUGGCAAAAUCCAUCAGUUUUCGAAUGAUGUCGCAGAGGUUAUUUUUUUAAGAUUAUUUUGUGUAUUACCUGUCUCUCCAGUAAGCUUUUGAUAAUAUAAUGAAGAUGUGGUCCCUGGAAAUGACCAAGAACAGGUUAAUAAUAUGAUAAUUGCAGCAUGAAUUGUGACUGCAAAGAAAUGGGAAAAACAGAGAAGAUCCUCAGAUAGAGAAUCAGCUAAAAAGACCAUGGAAUACUUAAGCAGUGGUACUUAUGCAUUUAAUUAGAUUCAGAGUAGGUAAGGAACAAGAAAAUAAAAUUACUAUUUUUUGAAAGCUGUAUAUUUAAAAUAUAUACAUUUAUACAAUACCCACUUUAAUUAGAUUAUACCAGAAGAUUUACUCUAGUCCUAGAAGAAAAUAUAUAAUAUUAAUGACUUGAAGUUUAGUGAUUAACACAUUAUAUAUUGGUUAUCACCAUUUCAUCGUCUUGUUUUCUCCCCUCUUAAGCUGUCGUUAUGAAUUGCAGCUUGUGAAUUAACUGUCAAAAAUUAUUAGUAUGGAUUAAUUAAUUAAUGGUAAUCAUAAUAAUAAAAAGAAGACAUUAAAGCAGAACUAAUUUAGUUCUUGUUGACAGUAGCCAGCCAGGUAAUACCUACAGUUCACUUUUAAGGGAUCCUAUUGAAAGUAUCAUUUCUUAGGGCUGAACUAAACCUUGCUUUCAAAUGCAUGUAAUAAAACCUGUUUGAAAGAAAAGCUGAUCUGGGAAGAGAAUCAUUUUGGGGGGAGAAAUUGAGGCUGGUAGGCUUAACCUAACUCUCCCCCCUGCCAGUCUGCACGCUGCUUUCUCUUGUUGCACAAUGCACCCACAACUGAACAAAGUGUUCCAAAUGCAUCUUUACCUUCCUAGAUGUGAAAUUCUGUGGGGAAGAAAGCAGCUGGUGGAAGGGGGGCAAUUUAGAGCAGAGUAAUUAUCAGAGCAGGAUUAAGUACUCCUUCCUCUUUGGCUUCUCUGAUCUAAAUCAUCCCCUUCUGAAGUGUCUUUUCUUUUUCUUUCAAGAAAAAAAAAGUCUGUUGGGAUUUUGCUUCACCCAAAUAUGUGUAGUGAUCAAAUGAGCUGAGAUGAAGCACCUUGACAUUAAGUGAUGUCCUUACAGUGACUGAGUUACAGGGUAAAGUGAAGAGUGAUCAGAGAAGUAACUGUCAGGAGCUCGUCCUACUCUCGAGUAGGACCCUGGCAGAGACACAUGCCCGACUGGCAUAUUCUCUCCCUCCUGGUUGUUCUUUCGGGAGCUUCAAAAGCUUUCUUCAGCCGGAACAUCACAGCGACUGAUGCCAACAGACACCGGCACACUUAGGGAUCCGCAGAGUCUUCGUAGUUUGUGUAACAGACCUCAACAACUCAGCAUUUUGGCUAAUCUACUUUAUUUACAUAUAAACACACACGGAGCACUGCAACAUGGCUCCCUCUCUCUCUCUAGCGUCAGACAGCAAAGAGAGAGAAAACAAAGGACAAUAGUCCCACUUCACGGAACACAGUAACACAAACAUCCUGGCUCCGUCACUUCCCACUCUGUGGAGUCAAAACAUACACCGUCAUGUGAUAGACAAAAAUCCCAUGACUGCAAUCAUGGAGCAGGAAUUCCAACGGUAACAUUCAGCAUGGGACUUUUAAUUCCAAUUGCUUUAAGGGAAUAUAUAUAAGAUCACUGAAGUUGACUGGGUUUGUCCAUUCCCUUGCUAGGGAGACCAUCUGGAGAAUGAAAGGAAAACCCCACAUGGUCAUCUGAGUUUCCUAGAGAAAUAAAGACAAUCAUUUACAUAGACACAAAAUACAUUUUUUGAAAAAAUCAAAGCAUAAUUCUCAUAGAUGAGGGGUGAAUGAGGAGUCGGUGCAACAACUAGGAAGGGGAGAAAGUACCCACAGUAAAGGAAUGGCAGAACAAGUUACUAAACUAUGCAGAAGUGGCUCAAAUGACAAAUAGGUUAAGGGGAAAUACAAAACAAUCAUUUACUCAAAAAUGGGAUAUGUUUAAGAAAUACUUCCAAAAAUAUAGUGACGAUAUAAUAUCGAUGGCAGCAUUUGAAUUACCCUUGUGUAAAUCAAAUAUUAAUAAAUAAGGGGAAAUGGUCCAAUAUGUUAUAAGAAAGUAAUAGAGUAUAUUAAGAGUAAGGUAAUAAGUAUAAGUACAUUCAAUAUUGUAAAUGUUAUGUACAUCGGGAAAUGACGGGAAGCCUAUUUUAAUAUGGUUUAGUUUACUUGAUUCUACUUUGGUUUAUUUUUUAGUUAGAAAAUAUAAGGAAAGAGCACGUAUAAGUUUAAAUUAAUAUUUAACGGUAAAAUUAUUUAAGAUUAUUAUUAUUAUUAUCACUAUUACCUUUUCUUUGUACGUGUAUUUAAGAACAUGUAUGAUAUCCAUGGAUUUCAAUAAAGAAGUUUUUUUAAAAAAAGGAAGAUGCAUCAACCACACCAUCUUCUCAAGGAAAGUUAUGGUUCUCUCAUGAGAAAUUUCACCAUCAGUAUAGGCUUGAGAUUCUAGCCUCCUAUUAAAUUCCUGCUUCCACCCAGACAUCAAUGACUGUCUGGCUCAUUGUUUAUUAUCUAUUUAGUGCCAUUCAUCAUAUCCCAAGACAAAUUUAGGAAGCACCAGCUUCACUUCCUCUUGACCUCUAGUUCAAUAAAGAAGGGCAGAUAGGCUAUUACAAUCCAUGAAUACCUCGUGGUUUAAAGAUUGGAUAAAAGAUCAAAUCCUUUCAAUAGGUUCAACAGCAUAUGAGCCAUGUAAGACCACCGUUGUGUACAAUAUAGCAUGUACAAAUCAGUCGCUCUCUUUCAACCAGGACUGAUGAGAGAAGAACAAUUGAAGGGCGUAACACUGGUAGCUCAGCAGUAGCAGUAGAGCAUCAGUAUUGCAUGCAGAAGAUCCCAGGUUCGAUACCUGGCAUCUCCUGGGAAUGUCCACUGUCUGAAAUGCUGCCAGUCAUUGUCUGAGACAAUGUCUGAGAGACGCUGCCAGUCAUUGUGGGCAGUACUGAUCUUAGAGGGGCAAAUGGUUGGGCCCCAUACAAGGCAAGUUAAAAAGUCAAAGGAAGCACUUGCUCUGUUGUUGCAUAUUUAAAAAAAAAGCAAAACCCAGCAUAUGCAGAGAAAAUAGGCAACAAAAUUACAAAUGGAAAUUUCUGGGGAAGAAUGGAAUUAUUCAUGGGGAAAACUUGAUAAAUAUACAGUAGGUUCCGUAUUGCAGGAAAAUUGUGAUGCUUCAGUGGCAAAGCAUCUACUCUGUAUGCAACAGGCCUGCAGUUCAGAUCCCAGCAUCUCUGGCAUAGUUCUGGGAAUGUCGCUACUCUGAAACAACCUGAGCUAAAUGGACCAAUCUUCCGACUCGUUACAGUGGUACCUCUGGUUGCGAAUGGGAUCCAUUCCGGAGGCCUGUUCGCAACAUGAAAAGCCCGCAACCUGAAGCACUGUAUGUGCACAAGUGCGCAGUGCGAUUUGGUGCUUGUGCGCAUGCACGAAGCACGAUUUAGCACUUCUGCGCAUUCGUGAGUGGCAAAACCCAGAAGUAACCCUUUCCAGUACUUCCGGGUUGCCACGGGACGCAACCAGAAAAAACGUAACAUGAAGCAAACGUAACAUGAGGUAUGACUGUACAAGGCAGCUUCCUAUGUUCCUUUCUAUCUCAGUGCUGCCUAAACCCUGUAGUAAUGUUUCAAACCCAUUCGCUCUCUGUCAAAGUGCAAGAGGGGACUUUGCCCAUUAUGCGUGGACCUGUGUGUGCUAGGAGAUUGCAAGCAAAGGUCAAAAGCUAUCCAUUCUGUUUGGGUAGAAAGAUUGCAUUUAGACCCUGAGAUAUUUGCCUCACCAAUAUUAAAAGGGAUAGUGCCUAAAGUGAGUGUGGGGAACCAUUAGCCUCCACAGAUGUUGCUGAACUACAACUCCCAUCAGCCCCAGGAAGAAGGGCCAAUGGCCAGAGCUAAUGGGAGUUGUGGUUCAGCAAUAACUGGUGGGCCAAAGGUUCCCCAAACCUGAUCCAAAGAAAAGGGUGGAAUCUUGUUCUAUAAGACAGUGAGAUAAAUGGACUGUAAAUACUGGAGGAUUUCUCAAAUGCCUGAAGAAUGGUGUGUAAGACAGUAGGAUACAGCUGUCUUAAGUAAACUAAGACAGGUAUGAUGGGUGAAAUGGGGUAUGAGAUGAAAAUCUCUUUGAAAUGCAUGGGGCAAGUUAUUGUAAGACAAAAUACAGGAGUGGGAAGUCCAUUUCCAUUGACAUAAUGUGUGUGUGUGUGUGUGUGUGUGUGUGUGUGUGUGUUACCAGGCUUUAUAUUAUGUACCAAAUACAUGGGGCAAGUUAUUGUAAGACAAAAUACAGGAGUGGGAAGUCCAUUUCCAUUGACAUAAUGUGUGUGUGUGUGUGUGUGUGUGUGUGUGUGUGUGUGUGUUACCAGGCUUUAUAUUAUGUACCAAAUAACCAAAUACAGUGGUACCUCGUUUAAGAACAGUCCUGUUUAUGAACGAUUCGGUUUACGAACUCUACAAAAUCGAAAGUAGUGUCCCGGGUUGAGAACAUUACCUCAGUCUAAGAACGGAAUCCGAACGGUGGAAGGGCACCGGCAGCAGGAGGCCUCCUUAGGGAAAGCGCAUCUCGGUUUAAGAACAGUUUUGGUUUAAGAACGGACUUCCGGAAUGGAUUAAGUUCAUAAACCGAGGUACCACUGUAUGAUGUUUAACAUGUUUUAUAUUCCUUCGUAAACUGCUUAGAGGUCUUCUAUGAAGCAAGCACUAUAUCCAUUCUGGUAAAUAAAUAAAUACAUUAUAGAGCCACCCACCUAGCACUGCAUGAAGAAGAUGGAUCUCUACACUGUGGGAUUGACAAUAUAGAAAACAGGCCCACCAAGGGAGAUAGCAGAGGAAAGGCAGGGUAGUGGAACGAGGAGGAGACAUGGGAAGAAUAUUUGGCUGUUUCAAUAUCUGUGCCAUUAAGUGACUGGUUACACAAGUUGCCAGUCUGAAUGCAUGGUUGAGUUGUUACAAAUUAGGAUCCGAAUAAGCAGGUAAAGGGCUUUAACCCAUUACUCCGCCCUAUGGACCUGAUCCAGAUUGUAGGAGGGCAUGCCAGCAAUUUGCAUAGGGGAGGAGUUUCCAGAAAAGCGAAUGCGGGGGGUGGGGGUCCAAUGCAAAUUGCAGGUGUGCUGAACAGGAGCAACAGAGGUCUGCAUUAUGAAAGAUCUUGAAAGAUUAAAGCCCCCAACCCAUUCCUUCAACUAGAGUCUCAAUCCAGAUUCACAAAAAAACCUGAAUAUUAGUGCUUUGGAAAAAAGCACUACACUUUUUUCUACACUUAAAGGCAAAGCUAUGUGGUUAACAGAAUGUGUAGCUUGGUCUUUAGUUGUACUAGGGAAUGGGUACAGGGGGAAAUGAAUCAACAAAUAUUGGGAAAGUUGAAAGUGGUUGGGCAUUUAUGCUCGCUUUGGCCCUCCCUCAAGCAGAGAGCGAUGCAACCAAACCAACCCAUCUGGCUAACUUGGAGCAGACUUUGCUAGGCUUGCCGGUCUACCUGGCUGGAGAGCGCCUGGCUCCAGUUGCCAACCUCAUCCUCUCUUCUCCCCCAGGUGUCCUACGUGAAGGCCAUUGAUAUAUGGAUGGCUGUGUGCUUGCUGUUUGUCUUCUCGGCUCUGCUGGAGUACGCCGCUGUCAACUUUGUGUCCCGGCAGCACAAGGAACUGCUCAGGUUUAGAAGGAGAAGGCGGCACCAUAAGGUAAGCGAUACGCGAGCCGACGCAGCCGUGUAGAAGAGCACAGCUGAAAUGGACGGGUCCUGGGGCAAGGCUGGCCUGAUCGAGAAUGGGCACUGGAGACCAUUUCAUUUGGGCAGGCAAGAUUGGAGCACGUCGGCGAUGAGCCAAUAAGACGAGCCCGGCAGCCAUAUUUGAAAGGGAGAUUUGUGUAUCGUUUGGAAGGGGCCAGGAGCUACAGCCAAUCAAUGCUCUCUGGUGCACGGUGGGCAGAUGUAGUCAUCUAUUUCACGCCAUCUCCCAUCAGUUCCAGCCAAAGAUGGCAGAAGCUGUAGCCCAAAGACAUCUGGGUGUCCCUGGUUUGCAGGCAAACACCUUCCCUUCAAAUGCUGUGCUACUCGCCAAUGGUCACCGUUAUUGGCAUUAUAAAGCUGCCCACUGUGUUAAAGGGUGAAACUCGGCCCAUAAUGUGUUAUAUUAAGGUGGCUUGGGAGAAGCAUUUGAGAAUGGAUGGGAAACUACCAAAACAGAAGGCCAAUGCAGUAGCUGCUUCUCUGACAUUCAGCUUGCUCUCCCAGUUUUGCAAAAAGUUAACUCUACUGAUUCAAAGAGCCUGUGCCUGUAACUGAAGCUCUCCCGGUCAUGCUGUCCGCAUUGCUUCACGUGCUGCGAUAUCAUUCAUGGGUCCAUGCUGCUUUCUUUAGCUGGGUUGGGAGGCAAGGAAUGGUCUCAGAACUGCACUGCUGAAGUAGCCCGUUUCCUAUAUAAAGGUAAGUAGAACAAACUCUCUCACCAGUCAAGCUCCCUGUUGGGUUUGCCAAAUCAUAGAAUCAUAGAGUUGGGAGGGAACCCCCAAGGGUCAUCCAGUCCAACCCCUUGCAGUGCAGGGAUCUCAAAUGAAGCAUCCAGGACAGAUGACCAGCCAACCUCUGCUUCAAAACCUCCAAGGAAGGAGGGUUUUUAAGCAGAGGUUGACUGGCCAUCUGUAAUGAUGCUAAGCUGUAUGGAUGCACUUUGUCAGUGACUGGCCUCAAGCUGAGUAAGGUGAACUUGGUAGGCCUCCUUGUGCGUCCCCGACUCUGAACCUACUCCAAAGAAAUGUUUUGAUGGGGCAAAACAUAUAUGAGACAAAAACAGCAAGUGGAGACUACAACAGAACGUUGCAGUAUAUCCCCAGCCCUUAGCAUGCUCUAGUUCUAUGCCAGUGUGGUGUAGUGGUUAAGAGCGGUGGACUCGUAAUCUGGUGAACCGGGUUCGCGUCUCCGCUCCUCCACAUGCAGCUGCUGGGUGACCUUGGGCUAGUCACACUUCUUUGAAGUCUCUCAGCCCCACUCACCUCACAGAGUGUUUUUUGUGGGGGAGGAAGGGAAAGGAGAAUGUUAGCCGCUUUGAGACUCCUUAGGAUAGUAAUAAAGCGGGAUAUCAGAUCCAAACUCUUCUUGUUCAGGGUUCCAACCAGCUUGAAACAGGUGCUUUGUAGUCUUGUUCAGGCUUUACCAGAGAGGGUUGCAGGGGAGGUAAAUGAAAAAGGAUUGGAUUUAGACCUCCUCUUUGGGCUUCAUAGAAGCUAGAGCUGUGCUCAGAGCUUCCUCUUUAUAUUGUCAUUAGCCCUUGGGCUCUGGUAUUUUGCAAAGCAUUUUGCAGGAGACAGCUUGUGGGAAAGGGUCGUAACUCAGUAGCAGAGCACCUGCUUUACACAGAGACGAUUCAAUCUCCAUCAUCUGUAAGUAGGGCCUGGAACAUUCCCUGCCUGAAAUGCCACAGAACUGCUGCUAGGCAGUGAAUAUACUACUGAGCUAGCUAGAGGCUCUGGCGGAUUGAGCGGAGGAAACCAAGAGUGGGUUCAACAAUCAAGAAGCAAGUUUCUGCACCCGCUGUAGAGAGAAGGGGGGGCAGAUGGGCUUAUCAACCUGGGAAGGUAGCCCAUCUAGAAUAAGGAAAUCUCUGAUCCUAAAUCUCUGCUGCCUUGUGUCUAUACUCAUUCAUGAGAAAGGCUUCUGGAGUAAACCCCAGGGGGAAAUCCAUACCCGUUGUCUUUCGGGACAUAUUUGGAAGAAGAGAAGACUAUGGAGUAAACCUUACACAAAUCUGGAGUAUAGUCCCUAAGACUGUUGGAUGACAUCUUAUGUGCCUCCUUCUGAUAACUCCUGCAGCCAAGAUGGUGCCAAAUAUAUUGCUCUGCUUUCCUUUGGUCCACAUCAGUGAAGCCGAGAGAGGGGUCUUGUUGUCUGGGCAGCCCAGGACCUCCAUACACACUGCCCAUGUUUGCACCCUGGAGAGGUCACUUUGGUGCUGCUAACACAGCAAAAGCAACACAGGAGGCAGCAGGUAUGAGUUACCAGUCUCUGCAGCUACAGCAGGCUCUGUGAUUCUCUAGUUGUUUUUCUUUCCCCUGGAGGCGCACUCUAUUGUCUCAAGGCAGAUGAACGCCAACACUGGACCAAGGUUGUGACUCUCAGCAUAAGGCAGCUUGACGUGUUCCUGCUACCACUCCAGCCAUUUGCUGUUUGUUUGCCUGCCUCACUCAUGGUGGGUUUGUGAGGGCGACUUCAUAACAGCCAAAAGCAAAUGGAGAAGAGGGAAUAAAUAUCCCACUGAGCAGCUGGAAAAGAGUGACAAUCUACUAUUUGGCCACAAAAAUUCUGUGAAGGUACUUUGCUUCUUUUUUCUGGCGGCCUGUCGCCUUUCUGCAGAGGGAGAAAGGUUGGCUGGAACUACAAAAGAGAAAGAAAAGAAAGAGGCUAGCCUGAAAAUUAUACUGAGAAAUAAAGGGAACUUGUAAUGAAACAGAAAGUUGAACAAUGUUAUUUUUCUGGUAAGGCAACAUCUCUCAAAUAUAAUUCAACCAUUCUUCUUCCUCGAGGAAUAUUUCAAUCAAAAUGCAGAGGGACAAUUAAUUUGAGUUAUCAUUUCAUUAAAGUUCUGUUACCUUUCAUCACCAUCUUGAGGCUUGCCUCUUCUCUUCUCUUUUCUUUUCUUUUCUUUUCUUUUCUUUUCUUUUCUUUUCUUCCUCUCUCUCUCUCUUCCCUUUUCUUUCUCUCUUUCUUCUAUCUGAAUAAGGUGCAGAUUUAAUAUCAGUCUGUACACCUAGUCUCCUGAAUCUUGUGCCAGAAUUUGCACUAGCAGUGGAACACUGGACAUGGCGGGCAGGCAGGGGGGCAAGAGAGGAAGCAGUUGAACCAGAUCUCCUGGCUGCUUUUUCUCUGAAAAAUAUCAAAACUGGCUGGUGGGAGGGCUAGGUGCGUGGGAGUUUAAUAUUACAAUGGGCUUCAAUUUUACCUUCCCAAAUGUAAAUAUACCCACCGUUUCCACACAGACUUUUCUAAGUCCUUAGAGCUGAGCUUCUACCCCCAUGAGUUUCAGAAGUCUAUCUUUGUGGUACGGCUAAAAUGCAGAAUGUGACUCUUGGGCUACAGAUAAGUUUCUUGCUUCGCAUUGCUGCCACCUGCUGGCCAGAACAAGAUUUUAUUCUUUUUUAUUAUUAUUUUUAAAAUAGAAAGAUAAGCAGACAGUACAUUUUUUUAAAAACCACCUUUGAAAAGCCCCCAAGUCACCUUGAGGUUAAAAGACUGCCUCCCGUCCCAAUUCUUAACUCGCCCCUUCUCUUUUAACUGGGUGGUAAUUUUCAACGCUUCAUCUAUCACGUAAAUUAAAAUAGCAAAUUCCAUUUAAUAACUUGAUAACCCACAUUUGCCUGUGUCACCAUAAUCUAAAUCUGCCUAUUAAAUAAAUUGGAAUCUCUUUUUAUAGUUUAGUGCCAAAACUGUAGAAAUAAUAGUUCUAUGAACUCCUGACUUCCUUUUAUCUUGGUUCUAAUUGAGGACAAAUAUUAUGCAUGCAUGGAAAUUCCCCAGGGGAGAGUAGCGUACAGAUCUAUUAAAGUACUUGAAAGCAGGCAGCACCUACACACAGUGCAGAACACUGGCUAGCACUGAGAGCAGCUGUUCUUGGCAGACUGAUGCUGUGAUCUUUCCUAUCUCCUUUUAUCCAUUAAACCAGCAUAAGAUCACCUCCCCUUUUCUCUCUUUCCCCAGGAAGAAGGAUGAAAGGGGAAGAAAGGGGGGCUUUCUUAGACCCUGGGAAUAUUUUUUCAUUCUUUGGACCAUCUGGAUGUUGAAUGCCAGCAUGGUUAAACAAGAGGAUCAAGGAGGCCACAAAGCACAAGAAUGAUUCAUGGGGGGGGGGGGGAGAGGAAAUCUUAACAAACCUACUAAAACAAUAAAAAGUGCCACAAACCUGCAAGCCAAAUGCAAAGAUACAAUGAGCUGGGAUAGCUCAGUCGGUAGAGCAUGAGACUCUCAAUCUCAGAGUCAUGUGGUGUAGUGGUUAAGAGCAGUAGACUCAUAAUCUGGGGAACCGGGUUCACGUCUCCGCUCCUCCACAUGCAGCUGCUGGGUGACCUUGGGCCAGUCACACUUCUUUGAAGUCUCUCAGCCUCACUCACCUCACAGAGUGUUUGUUGUGGGGGAGGAAGGGAAAGGAGAAUAUUAGCCGCUUUGAGACUCCUUAGGGUAGUGAUAAAGCGGAAUAUCAAAUCCAAACUCUUCUUCUUCUUCUUCUUCUUCUUCUUCAUGGGUUCAAGCCCAACAUUGGGCAAAAAGAGGGUUGGACUAAAUGACCUUUGUGGUACCUUCCAAGUCUGUGAUUCUAAGGCAAGCCAAUAAUAAAAUUGUCAAUGAUAUAAAGCUGUUAAUGGUUUUUUAAAAAUGAAAACAGGAAAUGAGUCCAGGAGGGAGCAAAACUUUCAGAUAACAAAGGUGAAAAGACAGGGACAUUUCAGAGAUUUUCUUCCCUCAGCUAGUGCUGCACACCCAAACGGUGCUGGCCUUUUUUUUUAUCAACUUGCACAGCAGUUCCCUUUGCUUUUGAAACCCAGACUUUCCAAAGCACUUUGUGUUAUUUCUGCACAUGGGAGUGAAGGGAGUCUGGAAAAAGUAAAAAAAAAAAACUCAACAGGAUAACUCUUUGAAUACCACCUUUAGAACAUUUCACAGCCAAGAAAGUACACUGGAAACAUCAAAACCGGCAUAUUGCGCGGUGCCAGUUCAAGGUGUAAAAGGAGACAUUGUGAACAGGGAACAGGUAGCUAAAGAAGAGACCCCACUCUUUUGGUGUUGACUGUAGAGAGCCGGUGCUAUCCCCAGGGAAGGAGGGAGGGGGGAGGAAAGAGAAGCAGGGAUGAUGCGCUUACAGAUCCAACCUGCUCCUGAGACUAAACGGUUCCAUAGGUAAGUCAUAUGCCUGGCAGCGAACUCCAGAUGAAGCAAAACCUCAUUCAGUAUUAUUUGCUCAGAUUUGCCAAAGCGCUCUCAACUCCAUUCAUACUUCCUUGCUGUGAACUUGUGGCAGUACAAUUCAUCCAUACCAUGCAAGGCCGCUCUUAAAAGAUACUCUGCAAGGAAAGGAAAAGGAAAAGCCAUGCAUAGGGAACUUGGUCUAAAUUAAAGUCCAUAGGUUAACUGAUGGCAAUUUUCACCAUACCUUUUCCUCCAACUGCUUCCCAGCAUAUAACUUGGAGAAGUCAUGCUUCACCCAUGAUAAUGAAUGCAGAGUCUUAAACUGGAUGUCCUACUCUGUGUGUACUGAUAUUUAAGAAAGCUUGAAAAACAGAAGUUUCUAUAUGCUAAUAUCUAGGCCAGGAGCUCGUGGAAUUGCUAAAUGACCUUUGUGUUCAGAGCAUCAUCACAGCUGCUUCAUAUUCUGAAUUAAAGGCCAUCAAUUAUUUGGCUUCUUUUCCUGGCCCUGACAAGAAUUCUUAUUUAUUUAUUUAAUUUACCGUAUUGGCCCAAAUAUAAGCCGCACUUUUAAAAUUUGGUGGGGGGGGGGAGAGGAAAAAAGACAAUGCCUGAAUAUAAGCCACUCCCUUAAAAUUCCGCAGGCACUCACACCCAUUCCGUUUUACCAGAUGUCUGUUUCAGCAGCAGUAUCGUAAAAGCCAAUUUUUGUAAGGUCACAAAUUUAAGCCGCACUUUAACUUUUAACGGUCAGAGUUUUGGGGGGGGAGUGAGGAUUAUAUUCAGGCCAACAUGGUAUUAAAUUCAUCUGAGGAGCAUAGGGCAGUUUACAGUAUAACAUAUAUUCAUACAUCCCGUAGGUGACGUCUCACUAUCUUUAAUUUUUUUAUUAUUAUUAUUUUAAAAAACUAACUCUUUCAAAAAUAGGCAGGUCAGCCUGAAUGUAGCCUUUCUCCAGCUCAUAGAAGCAUAAAAUAUUCUUUAUUGGGUUCUUAAGUUUAGUGAGGAUGCCGUGAGCUCCACCCACAUUCCCACACACCGGCAGAACCCAGUCCCAGAAUCCCUUGUGAUGACUGUUAGCCCAGUUUGAGCCUGUAGCUGUGCCUCUAUGACCUUGAGGAUCUCUGCAAGAGACUGGGGGAGGAAGUAGAGUGGAAAGCGAAAGCCCCAAAGAGACAGAGAGGAGCAUUGGCCAUUGAAACUGAUGCUAUACGCAGGUAUCUUUUAAAGGACGAGCCUUUUCUGCUCAAAGUCCAUGUAACUCCGUAGAAAUCCACAUGGAACGACUUUUGCUAUAUGAGUUACAUGGAGCCCACUCCUUCUGGGCAAGCCAAGAAUAAAGAAGGUAUGGAUGGGGAGGAGGGGCAGAAGCAAAACAGGGGAUAUCUUGUUGAGGACAAGGAACGGUUCCCGAAGGAAAGGCAGGUCAACCCACUUUCCAAUGGAUCCCCUGCUUUGCAUCUGUGCUUUGUACUGCACCCAUCUAUAAGGCUGGUCUCUCCAAGAGGGGGUUGCCCAACUUGAGCGAGGCCUCACAAGAGGGACCUGUCCCCAGGGACUUUGGAGCUAUGGUAGGGGAGCCUUAUAGCAAGGGUGCACUGUCUAUAUCUUAUUUGUAAGUAGAGCCCUAUGUUUAAUAUAUUUCAGGAGGACGACACCGGAGAAGGCAGGUUCAACUUUUCGGCCUACGGGAUGGGGCCCGCCUGCCUUCAGGCCAAGGACGGCAUCUCGGUCAAGGGAGCCAACAACAACAACACGGCCAACCCAGCGCCGCCCCCUUCAAAGUCUGACGCCGAGAUGCGCAAGCUCUUCGUCCAGCGGGCCAAGAAGAUAGAUAAGAUCUCGCGGAUCGGCUUCCCCAUGGCUUUCCUCAUCUUCAACAUUUUCUACUGGAUCAUCUACAAGAUCGUCCGAAGGGAAGAUGUCCACAAGCCGUGA